UGUAUCCCUGCUUCCUUCUGCCUCUUCCCUUGGAAUAAACUCCUCUGGACUUGACAAGCAAGAAGCCCUCCUGCUCAUUAUUUCUGGUGAGGCAUCAACAUUAUCCAGGCUUGGGCGGAAGGUUGGCCGAGGGACACCCAGUAAAGGGACCUGACAGGACACAACACCUCCGAAGGAGAUGUGUCUUCCUCAUGUGAUCAACUUGACAUUGAGACUAGAGAGGACAGUUUUCAGGGCCAUUCAGCAAGCUCCAGGCUGUGAGGAAAUCUGCACGCUUGGAAGGAGGGAUGUGCUCCUUGUAGACCCACCAAUUCAACAGGAAACAUAAGCAGAGAAAAGAGGUAGGACACUAAUGUCUGGGGACAGGUUGUUUCUGAGGAUGAGAUGCAAGAAAGCAUAGGAAAAAGAGAGAGUAUGCACAGGGGGCACUUACCUUGUUCUUCAUACCACAUAACAGAGCCCAAAUAUUCAAUGGAUGAGAGCCUUGAACCUGAGUCAUCUUGAUCCCUAAAUUAACUUGGCAACUGAAUCCACUUCUCUGGCCUAUUAAAAAAAAGGUUCAAGAACUAUUAAUGAAGCAAUACUCACUCUCAAGCCUCUCUGUGGUGUGCCAAACUGAGCCCCCAAAACCAGUCGUGUUGGGGUUUGACAGUGUCAUGGGACUGAGCCUCAUCCGUGUUACACUCAUGUCACUGAGAUGUGACACUGGGCUGAAUACUCAGCAGGCCUGCUUUGGUGCCCGGGCAGGAUCUGCCCAUCAGAGAGAUCCGAGUCCCCAGAAGGUAAGGAAGUCUCCAUCGGGACAAGACAGACCCGAUGCGCCCCCAGGCCGGGUGGGGCGAGGAGCUCCCAAGGCACGCACCCCGCGUCCCCCAUUCCCAGGCUGUUGUCCCUCUUGUCACACGCACGCACGGACAAAAGACUCGUUUUUACGACGAGAAUCAGCUCCUGGAGGUACACGGAAUUCCCCGCUCGAACUACAGAGGGAGCCCGGGGCUGUGCUUUGGCGAGCAGCAGCGCCGGCGGCGGCGGGGGCUCGGUGCCGCUCGGGACAGCAGCGCUCCAAGCCGCGUCCAGGCGCGACCUCAGCCAGCUUUCCUCUCCUCCCCGUCAAAAAACGAUGGGGCAACACCCGCGGGCACAGCCUGCCACGGGGCAGAGAGAGCUGGGAGCACGCAGCGCUGUACACCGCGGUUUUAGUCGCCCUCUCGAGUCCCGGUCUCAUUCUGCACGUUGCACGUUCGCCGGCUCGAAUCAUGGAACUGUCAUUAGCGUGGGUCGCGAACAAAUGAAACCGCGGCGGGGCUGCUUCAAGCUCCCGGAAUGUAACGCAGUGAGAGGCGAGAUGGCUGGUCUUAAUGGAAGCAUAAACUUCUGCAAUACCGCGGAAACUUCUGCUCCUUUGUUUUCCCUGUGAGGUUAACAAUUUCUGUUUGAUUUUAUCCCUGGUGCGGAUUCCUGUAAAACCUGAAUACAAUUUGCAUUGCUCAUCUGUCUGCACAUUUUGUAGCUUUUAUGGCAGUAUGUUAUCAUGAGCCAUAACAUCAAGAUUUAAACACCAGGAAUGGAAACCGUGAGCAGAAAGAGAUACGAGUGAGAAAUAAAUAUAAGGGAUAGAGUUUGUGGAGUUUUGUCUUAAUUUUAUAACCAUUCCUUCAAACA